UCUGACUAAAAUGGCGACCCUUUAGAGCAGCGAGCGAGAGCUCCAUUCCCUCCGCCGUGGCUUCUCUCUCCUCCCGCCGAUCUAGAUCCCCAAUGAAGACCACCUUGCGCCUCUGCUUCCUCGUCGCCCUCUCCUCCGGCCUCGUCGCCAUCUUCAUCUACAUCACCGGCGUCUCCCGUUCCCAGGUUGAGAGUAGGUUCGUUGUUACUGAAGGUGAUUUGAGUGCCUUGCGUUCCUUGCAGAGUGGAUUCCGGCAGUGUGUGAAAGCGAAUGGAUUAGGGUUGCAAGCGGAGACUGGCAGUGACUAUUGUCGUGUUACUUUGCGAUUCCCUAGUGAUACAGUCCGCAAGUGGAAGGAUCCGAAAACUGGAGAACUUGAAGGUUUAUCUUUUGAUUUUGAUCUGUGUGAGGCUGUGGCUGCAUGGGAGCAGGUUCGCAAUAGUACAACGAUACUUACAAAGGAGUUCAUUGAUUCUCUGCCAAAUGGAUGGAAAGAAUAUGCAUGGCGAAGGAUCAAUAAGGGAAACCUUCUUAAUCAAUGUGAGAACAAGACACUCUGUAUGGAGAAACUUGCUUUGGUUCUCCCUGAAACACCCCCAUAUGUCCCGCGACAGUUUGGCCGGUGUGCAGUGAUUGGUAACUCCGGAGAUCUUCUAAAGACAAACUUUGGAGCUGAGAUUGAUGGUUAUGAUGCAGUUUUCCGAGAAAAUGGUGCACCAAUACAGAAUUACACUCAAUAUGUAGGUAGGAAGUGUACGUUUCGACUUCUUAACAGAGGAUCUGCAAAGGCACUUGAUAAAGUGGCAGAUUUAGAUGAUACUGGGAAAGAGGUGCUGAUCAUCAAAACUACCAUCCAUGAUAUCAUGAACAAAAUGAUCCGGGAAGUCCCAAUCUCCAACCCUGUGUAUCUCAUGUUAGGAGCAUCCUUUGGCUCUGCAGCAAAAGGAACGGGGCUUAAAGCUCUUGAAUUUGCACUUUCUAUUUGUGAUUCCGUUGAUAUGUAUGGUUUCACUGUGGAUCCUGGCUACAAGGAAUGGACAAGAUACUUUUCAGAAUCCAGACAAGGGCAUACUCCACUACAUGGCCGGGCAUACUACCAGAUGAUGGAAUGCCUUGGACUUAUCAAAAUCCACUCUCCAAUGCGGACUGACUUAAAUAGAAAAGUGAACUGGCUUCCGAGUCAAACAACACUUAAUGCUGCAAGAAUGGCAUCAGAGAAACUAUUAAGGAGAGUUGGAGCUGGGAUUUCAGAUCCAUUAAGUGCAUGCUCCAUAAUCAAGAAACGAGGCAAGGCGAAGACGCCUAGCAUGCCUGGCUUCCGGGACGCAGCCACCAAACAUCAAAAGUAUGUGAGAAGGGCAACCUUGUAUCCUCUAGAACAUAGUCCAGGGCAUGGAAUGCUGUGUGUGAUCCCUGAAGUUUGAAGCACCAAGAGUUUGUCUUCACUUACCUAAUGCACCAUAUUUUCAGUAAUUUCUGCAGCAAUGGUGCAUUAUAUGCUUGAUCAGACUGGUCAAUAUUGAAGCCUCCGUGCUAGAGCUCACUUGAUCAGAAAAUGUUAUUUCUGUCAGCAAACAUACUGAUCUCGGCAAUGAUUUCUCUAUAGCAACAUUCUUCAGAUACAUGUGAUCAUUAAUGGAGCAUUUUACUUGAUAUAAUUGUGAAAAUCUUCUCACUAGAUACUUAGCUACAAACUUUGACCUUCAAGUAAUUAAAGCCAUUCUUUAAUUUAUUUUUGCAGUCACGAUCAGCCAAAUUAUUACAUUAUAUCAUGUAUCACGGAAAGGACCAGUGAAUUUAUGAUUAUAUCAUAACUUAUUUAA